AUGGUUGUGUUGGAAACUAAGUUGAAUAAGGCUUCAGUUGAGGAAAUCAUGAGAAGAAAGUUUGGUGACUGGCACUUCACCCAUAACUUCGCUUCUCAUAAUGCUGGCAGAAUUCUUAUCCUCUGGAAGCAGGAUAAGAUUCAUCUUUCUGUUUUAGAGUCAAAUGCCCAAUUGAUUCACUGUGCUAUUGAUUGUAAAACCACUGUCAAACGCUUUCAGGUUUCAUUCAUCUAUGGUCUUCACUCCAUUAUGGCAAGAAGAUCUCUUUGGAUAAAUCUGAAUAGUAUCAAUGCUAAUAUGAAUUGCCCCUGGCUCCUCAUUGGUGACUUCAACUCCAUUUUGUCUCCCACCGACCGUUUCAAUGGAGCUGAGCCCAAUGCUUAUGAGUUGCAAGAUUUUGUUGAUUGCUAUUCUGACCUGGGGUUGGGGAGCAUCAACACUCAUGGCCCCUUGUACACGUGGACUAAUGGCAGGGUGUGGAGCAAACUGGACAGAGCUUUAUGUAACCAGGUCUGGUUCAAUUCCUUUGGAAAUUCUGCUUGUGAAGUUAUGGAGUUUAUUUCUAUUUCAGACCAUACUCCUCUAGUUGUCACCACUGAGUUGGUAGUGCCUAGAGGAGUUCAGCAACACUCUAACCGAGUGGAGCUAGCUGAGGCUGAAUAUAACAAUGUGCUUAAUUCUCUAAAGCAAAAUCCUCAGGAUCCUUCCCUUCUUGCUCUGGCAAACCGCACUAGAGGGCAGACCAUUAUGCUUAGAAAAGUGGAGUCUAUGAAAUUUGCUCAGCUCAUCAAAAACAAAUAUCUCCUACAGGCUGAUAAAUGUUCCAAAUUCUUUCAUGCUUUAAUCAAACGCAACAGACACAGCCAGUUUAUUGCUGCCAUAAGGCUAGAGGAUGGGCAUAACACUUCCUCCCAAGAUGAAAUUGCCCUUGCUUUUGUGAAUCACUUUAGGAAUUUGUUUAGUGCUCAUGAGCUGACCCAAACUCCUUCCAUUUCGAUCUGCAACAGGGGUCCUAAGGUUCCCACUGAUUGCUUUGCGGCCUUACUUUGUCCUACUUCUAAGCAAGAGGUUUGGAACAUUAUUUCUAUGAUGGAUAACAAUAAAGCUCCUGGGCCAGAUGGUUUCAAUGUUUUAUUCUUCAAGAAGGCUUGGAAUAUCAUUGGUGAUGAUAUCUUUGUAGCGGUUAAUGAAUUCUUUACAACUGGAAAAACUCUAAAGCAACUCAACCAUGCUAUUAUUGCGCUUAUUCCUAAGCAUGAUCAGGCCUCCCAGGUUAACCAUUUUAGACUCAUAUCUUGCUGUAAUUUGUUAUACAAGAUUGUGUCUAAAAUUCUGGCCAACCGCAUAGCCCCAGUGCUUGAGACUAUUAUUGGGGAAACUCAAACUGCUUUCAUUAAGAACAGAAAGAUGAUGGACAACAUCUUCCUAGUUCAAGAGAUUUUGCGCAAAUAUGCCCGAAAAAGAUCCUCUCUGAGAUGCCUCCUGAAAAUUGACUUGCAUAAAGCUUAUGAUUCCAUUUCUUGGGAAUUCUUGGAUUGGAUGCUUAAGUCCAUUGGUUUCCCAGCCCAAUUCUGUACUUGGAUCAUGGAAUGUGUUUCUUCCACUUCCUUUAGUGUGGCAAUCAAUGGAUCCAUUUAUGGUCACUUCAAAGGGAAGCGGAGUCUUAGACAAGGGGAUCUUCUCUCCCCUUAUCUGUUUGUGCUCUGUUUGGAGUACUUUUCCAGAGAUAUGAGCAGCCUCAAGGAUAAUGCCAAUUUUAAAUUUCAUCCCAACUGUGCAGGUAUUCAGCUAUCUCAUUUUGCUUUUGCAGAUGAUAUUAUGCUUCUAUCUAGAGGAGAUAUCCCUUCUGUGUCAACUAUGUUUGCCAAGCUUCAGCACUUCUGA